GGCCGCCUUAUCUGUCAGGCCAGGAAACGCGAAUAUCCGGGCUGAGGGGGAUGAAGGGAAGCACGGGCGCUCGGGCUGCAGCACGCUGCCACCAGAGCCGUGCCGGUGAGCCCCCGAUCCCCCUGCCACCAGCCCUGUGAGCUGUGUUCCCGGCCUCUCCACAGCCUCUGCUCCUUCCUGCUCUGCCCUGAGGGCAGGGAGGGCCGGAGGGAGGGCAGCCCCAGGCGGCUGAUGCAGCCCUGCAGGAAUGCGGUGCAGAAAGCCAGCCUUGGGAUCCAUUUCCCUCGUGGGUCAGGGGGGCAGGCGUCGCUCUGCAUCCACAGGGGGGGUCAGAUUUCAGGUGAGACUAUUUGGAGGCUUGAUGCAACCUGGGCAAACCUUCCCUGGAGGCAGCAGGUGAGGCUGGAGCUGACCGGCGCUGCAGAGGCCGCAGCCUCGUCCCCAAGAGGAGCGUUGUGAAGUGGAUGCAGCAGAUCAGCCAGGCCAUCUGGACGGGCUCCAGCUCCUGCCCCUGGCUCGCUGCUGACGCUUCAUUAACAGCUCCCUCCUUUCAGCUCCCGUCUCCUUGGCUUCUGCUGCGAUCAGCUGGGCUGGAGUUUUGUUGUCCUGGUUUUUUUCCAAGUGGAAAUUAUUUCUCGUUUCUUUUAACAAUCAGGACACAGAGAAAGAUGGGAGAGGAAGGAAUUUCUAGGAGAUGAAAGGGCUGGAUUAAGGACACUGCUUUCGCUUUGUUAUCCCUCUAGUGCAGCUAAGAAAUUCCUUUCAGGAGGAGGCUUUAAUUAACUACGUGUUUCUGACAGGCAAGGAACCUGCAUCGGGAGAUAGCUCUGGUUUCUUGGGUCUGCUAACAACUCCGGCUGCAGUGUCAGCAGCACAGAUUCGCAGACGCAGGCUCUCAGACAAAACUUCUCACCAAACAUUUCAAAUUGCUUUACAAAGGCACUGUCACCCCACUCUGGGAAAGAAGGCACAGCAGAAAAAAAAAAAAACAAAAAAGACAGAAGCAAGGCGCGUGCUGCCGGCAGGCACCGUGUGCACUGAACCACAGAGCCACGGUGGCUCAAGAUGUGGGGCCGGGCCUUGGUGUAGAGGAAUAACCCAGGGCAGGAGGCAGCAGAAAUAUCUCCAGUGCCUUCCAGACCAAGCGCCCUUCUCACACACCAGGAGAAUCAGGGGAAGAGGAAAGAAAGAGGCCUGGUGGCAAACCGGGACAUUUAGAAAGCAUUACGCUGCUGUAUCUGCAUCCUGUACUGCCGCAAAACCCUUCAGGAACUGAGUCAAUCAAAAAUAACAUUGGGGGCUGAUUUUUAUCCAGAUGAACUCUCUCCAAGUAUUUUAAGGCCACCAGCAAAACGGCCUGCUUCUGGCUUGUUUAACCCUUCUGCUGAAACCUGCACCAAGCCCGAAAGAAGCACCAGAGAACAACAACCAUCCCGGCUGUGUCCUGGGAGCCUGAGGUGCAGGAGCGGCCGUGGUACUGAGCGCCCCGUGCCCCGACCCGCUUCUUCCUUCCUGCAGCCUCCUGCGGGGAGCUGGGCACGACACAGCAACGACCCGCGCGGAUUUCCAGAGGAAGUCCCCCUGCGUCUCACACAAUGGCAGUAAUUCCUGCAAGGGAAACGUCUCCCCUGGUCCCUCCGAGAACCACGUUUGCCUUUUUUAAUGCCGUGUUAAACAGGUAGCUCGUACCGAACCCUUGCCUUGCUCCUCUCUCUCCUGCCUUUCCACCUAAUGAACUCCCAGCUGAUAAACACACGCUUACUGCUGCUGCCGAACGCAUGCCUCUGCUCCUAGCCCUGGGGCUGUGAAAUGCUAAGUGGUUUACCAAUUACUGUUUUCAUAAAUGAUCGUCAUUUUGCUUUUUCAUUAUCAUUUUAAAAGGUUCCCACCUCUUCCAAUGCCCCGAGCCACCGCCUGCAGCGGGGCAGAUGUCUUGGCUCCCAGUGACAGCACACAGCAGAUCUGGCUGGUGGUGUGCCAGGGGUGAGAGGGGCAAGGAACAUCUGGCUGCUGCAGGGAGCAGCCUGCGAUGGAGUCCAGCCUGCCCCCAUCAGGAGGCAGGUCCCCGUCAGGAGGCUUUCCCAUCCGAUGCUAUCAAUGCUAACGGCUCCCCUCUCAACACAAGACCUCGCUCUCACUCGUGCUUUGGUUUGUAUUUUACAAGUUCUGGGCCUCUCCUCUCCUCCAGCUUGAGGAUUUCCUGGGAGAUGCUACCAAACACUUUCUCGGACUCAUGUAAAUUCAGCACGCCGCGGCUCUGAACAUCAGCUGUGACCGCCCUCCUGCCCCUGCUCGGGGUCAGGCAGCGGGAUUGCACUGUCUGGUUAUAAAACACCACCUCGCGUAUUGAUAGCUCUGUCAUAAAUCCUUGUGCUUGGAUUUGCAAUUUCAUGUGACAGCUCUUCCCAGGCGGCGAGGGGAGUUUAUCUCAUCUCCCUGACUUGAACCUCUCCGGCUUUUCAGUUUUGCUUCAUCUCAGAUCUGUAACGUCAGAGCAGCAGUUCAACACUAUCAUCGUCCUCGCUGAAAGGGUAAGCAGAGCCAUCGCCGUGGGUUGGGCAGACAUCUAUUCCUGUUUAUUCCUCCUACCCCCUCCAGCAAAACAGCCUCUUGCCCUCCUCCCGAGCCCCCGUGCGCAGCUAUCCACGAGCUACAGAUCUGAGCUGAAACUUUUGUUCCCGUUCAGAUUCAAGAGGAAUUCAAGUUCCAGCUGUCUCUGCCUUGUGCUAAUGCCUGCUCUGAUAAAAGGGAAGCCAGGCAACUAACACCGUACCCUGAGGCUGGAUUUGUCUCCCUCGGGGCUCCUGGCUGUUUCUGGCUGACACAGAGCUGCCUGCAGCUUCUUAUCUUGGCCAGUGGGAUCUGCCUGUUUCGCUGAGCGUGCAUCCACAUCCCUGACCUCUGCACAUUGGCUGCGGCCAGCCUGCGAGCCUCUCUGCUUCCCCGUCACGGGGCAAACCCCGCUUGGCCCCUCCUUGUUAUUUUUGGCUGUGCUUUUGUCUCUGGGAUCCUCUCAGCUUUAGCAAUGAAAACCAAACCACAGAAAGCUGCUGCCUUGGCCUUUGGCUCGCUGCGAGCAGCCAGAAUGGGCAGAGGCUGAAGGCUAAAACCUCAAAUUAGCAGCGUGGUGCUGGAAUUAGGCAGGACUGACCAGGCAGCCCAGAUCUUUCAUUUCAGCAGGAGGAAGCCUGCAGGGAGAGAGGUGGCGGUCAUCUCGCUUUGGAUAAAUGUCCACUUUGUUCUAAUUAACAAGAAAUCCAACGUGGAUAACAAGCACUUAGGUAAUUGUUGAGCUAAGUGUUCCUGUAAAGGCAUGCCUGGCUUUGGUGAGCAGCUGAGAAAGGGAAUUCACUCUGCUGCCUUCGUUAGAAAUUCACACAUGUAAGAGAAAACAGCCUGAGAGUUGGGAAACGGGGGGUUUGCUUGGAGCUCAGCCUCAGGCCGUGGCUCCACGUUCAUUAAUACCAGCUUGGGGCAGCACCGAGCUCAGGGUAGCACUGCUCCGAUUCAGGUCAGGCAUCAGAAUACGACAGCAAAUUCUUUCCAGCCAUCCAGACGGACGGCACGAGCAGUGCACAUCCAGACUGAUGACAGCAAGACCUGAGUCACCACCAAGUUGCCUUGAUGAAGCUGCUCCUAAUUUAUUUAUUUUUUAACUCAAGUGAUCGGAUUCAGCACAUAUCUGUCUGUUGUGCUACAAACAGUCGUGCUGGGAUAAUCAUUGUGGGGAGAUGUAGGAGAUGCUGCCUGAGUCGGCGCUGCUGCAGAGAGAAUUACUGACAAUUUUUGACCAGGGGCUCAGCAGGGGGGGUAGGGAAAACGUUUAACUUUGCCACGUGCCAUUUUCUUUCCCUGUAGAUGAGAAGUGAUAGCAAAAACAGUUUCUAGGAAGAAGGGAGGUAAAAACAGAUCAGUAGUUGGAAAAUACCAAUUUUGCCUGAAAAAAAGGAAGUGAGACUGAUGUGCAGCUACUGCCCAGAGACACGAGCAGUCAGGCACUCAGCCAGGCUGGAGGGUCAACACAUCACGUCUAACAUCCCAAAUGAAAUCACGCCUGCCCCUCAGGCCAUUGCAAGGGCUAAACUUCACUUAUUACGCCAUUUGAUCAAUAUAAACAAGGACAAAGAGCUGAGCAGCAAGCAGAGCUCCAUCCUCCCAGUCUGGAGUUGUGAAUACGGAGACCAGGGAGCUACAGGGAAGGGUUCACAACUCAGCUCUCAGUUAAGGCUCCUCUCUCCAGGGUGCAAAUCGGAGUAGUAGCUAGGUGCUAAAUAAAUAUUAAUUUCUCACCUAAUGAGAAAGUAUUCGGUGAAACAGCCAGGGAAAGGCUUUGGCAGUGCAGUAACAGAGGCUGGUGCUGCGCUCAACCCCCGGGGAUGCUGCGGUUCUACUCGUACUGGGUAAGGCAGGACCUCCAGCUGGGACAGACGCAGGAAAUGGAGCUCAUUACUGAAAUGCAAAAGCCUUUCAGGGUUAAGCCACUGUUAAACAAGCCAGAUUCAUUCCCCAAUCGCAGAAUUUGCCUAGCAGCAGCCUUGGAAGAUUACUAUCUUUCUUCAUAACAGUGAUGUUGCAGACAGGAUGGUUGAAGGAUAGUUGUGAUGCAGAGAUUGCAGGAAGAAGUAAUUGUUUGCUUUAUAACCAAGGGCUGAACCCCAUUUCCACGCCUAGGCUGUUGAGAUGGCAGUUCCCUGAUUUUACAUUAAUUACUACAUCUUCCGUUUAAUUUAAGACAUGUUUUCAAGCGGUUAACGUCUCAAUCUUCCUUGUAAUUACACGGAAUGGUUAGUACAACUCCUCGGCUACAUCCCUGGGUCCCCUGAGUGCCCAUCCCCGCUCGUUUCCAGCAGCCGAGCACUCACAGAACUCGUCCUUUCCAGAGCUGCUGCCUCCGAAUGCUCAGCCCGAUAAUGAGCUGAUUGCCAGGCUGCACGUCGCUCACUGCUGCAGCUCCUGUUCUGCUCCUUCCACCUAACCCUUCAGCUCAGGGGGGCUGGGAGACCACCCCUUCUUUGGGAUGGGAACUUUCCCAGGCUGCUGACAUAAAAAGGGAGGCCCAAACCUCAUCGAAACCUGGCGAUGAAGGCUCGGUAAUCAAACAGGCAGGUGCGGGUGAUGUGGACGCAGGGCGCUGAGCGCGGUGCUGUCACCACAGCUGACACGCGUGCGGCAGGGAUGGAGUGGCUGGGGUUUGCCGUGCCCCUACAGCUGACAGGGAGGAAUUACAGCUCCCCUCACACGCGAGGCAGUUUCACAGAUGAACAAUAUUCAAGGAUGCAAAUUAAAAAUAACGCUGUGCUUUAGGAACUGCUAAGGUUAAACAGCAGGUUCUUGCUUUGAAAGCUGAAAGAAAGAUGGUUCCUCUCCCAAGAAAGGGAGUAGGAGCCUGUCUGUGCAGGGAAAACGUUUGGAAUAGCAGCAGCCCACCCGUUUCCCAUGCAAUCUCUGCACUUCAGGACCGGAUUAGGCAUAAUCACACAAAGGCACUCGCUGCAGAUGACUACUCCCUGUUCCCAACAGCUCUCCUGCCUUAACUCCAUCAUCCCGGUGCACAAACGGCAGCUUGUUUGGCAGCGGUAACCCCAGACAGAUGAGCACUAAGAUUUACCCAAGAUGUAAAAGGGAAAGGGUAUUAAGAAAAUAUUCUGUGACUGAGAAACGCCGCCUUUCCCACGGGCUGUGUGGGUUCAGAACUGCCUUAUACACCACGGCUAUCUGCUGGGGAGAAACCUGCCGGGCAAAUCACUGACACAGGUAACCCCGGAGACUCACUAAAACCCCCUCAAGUAAUAUAAACGAUGAACUGGCCCCAUCCUGUCUCCAGUUCUUCAGAGCCCAGGCAAAGCACGCUGCAGGUCUCUGUCUACCCGGCGGUCCACUAGAGGACAACCUAAUAAUGAUGAACGGCUUCGGCUGACGUGGUGAAAGGCCCGCACUGUCUGUCAGAUUUGCUGCUGUCAAACCUGACUCACAGCCCAUGCUGGGCUUGUUGCUAGCACGUACACGGGGCCUCGUUUUUAAUGGUAGGUGUCACUUCUGGUCCUGAUUGAUACAGACUUGCAAAGCCCCCCCACAAUAAAAUAAAAAAUGGUCUCUACGGCUGGUGUCAGCCUUUGGUGCUACAGAUAGAGGGAAGGAAAGGAGAUUUCCGGGCAGAGAUCUAAGUUUUUAUGAAGUAAACCUAAUCCCUUACACUGCAGUAAACCACAGAGAAAGCUGCCUGUUGCUGCCGGUUUUCUUGCAGACUUCUGACACGACACCACACUUCAGCACAGGAAACAUUUGGAGGUACGGAAUGAUCUGAUGGCAACAGGUGAUAGAUCAAACCAUAACGGAGGAACGCAGCCCAUGGACUAACAGCAGGCAUGACAAAAUCAUCAGCUCAGAGCCACAGAAAGUGCAGGCUGCUGCUCUGACACUGCACCCAGAGCAGGGCACUCUCUCAAAACCCAGGGAGAGGGUUCUUGCCUGGUAUUUUGGAGGCCAAAAGGAGGGGAGCACAAACAAAACCUGAGCUAGAAAUCAAGCUGAGUACUGGAGCUAGGAAACAAAUGAGCUGUAAGAGCAGAAAACAGCAGAGGAUUAAUUACAAGUGAAGCAUCUCAGGUGGGAAUUAGAGGCAGAGGGGUGAGGAGGUCAAAACAACAGCUUUUGGAGGGCGAUCUGGUGCCCCGACACCCCCCAGCCCCACUCGCGGGGCCUUGCCUAUGACUCAGGGUCGAAAAGGGCACGUGCGUCUGCGAGAGGAAAACCCACAGCGAAAGGCGAGGGAGCCGAGCUGCUUAAAAGGCAAAAGCCGGUCCUCCUCUCCUCCUGACGCCAGCGAGAGGAGGCUGGCUGGCACGGGAGGCUGCGAGCCCCAGCCGGCCGUCGGGGGGGCUGCAGGAGAGCGAUGCGAAGGGGCGCUCGCCGCAGCCGUCGGGAGGCAGCGGCCAGAGCUCGGCUGGGAGCCGGCGACCCUCGGCUGCCCCUCGGCGUCCUCCGGGCACCUCCCAGCCGCCGCCGGCUCGGCUGCUCCUCGCUGUCAGUACCUGCUUCGGGCUCGGCGGGGCGGGCGAGCGGAGAGCAGCGCUGCCGAGCCUCAGCUUCAGCCUCAGCCUCCCGCAGGACGGACCCCGGCGCCUCCGCCGAGCCCCCGAGGCCACCGCUCGCCCGCCUCGCCCCGUGCCAUGGCCCCCGGUAACUCCUCCAGGAACUUCUCCGCGCCGGAGGCUCGGAACGGCUCAGUAGCAGAGAAGCCAGCACCGUACACCAAUGUGAUCAUGCCCAGUCUCUUCAGCAUCAUCUGCUUCCUGGGCAUCGUGGGGAACCUCAUCGUCAUCUACACUAUUGUCAAGAAGAAGAAGCUGAAGUGCAAGCAGACCGUGCCUGAUAUUUUCAUCUUCAACCUCUCCAUUGUGGAUCUCCUCUUCCUCUUGGGCAUGCCCUUCCUCAUCCACCAGCUCCUAGGCAAUGGCUCGUGGUACUUUGGAGCUCCCCUGUGCACCAUCAUCACUGCCCUGGACACCAACAGUCAGAUCACCAGCACCAACAUCCUCACCGUGAUGACCCUGGACCGUUAUCUGGCCACGGUCUACCCUCUAAAAUCCACCUACGUCCGGACUCCCUGUGUUGCAGCUCUCGUUAUCUGCUUGGUGUGGCUCCUCUCCUUCCUGACGAUCAUUCCCGUGUGGAUGUACGCAGGCCUUAUGCCUCUGGAGGACGGGACAGUCCGCUGCGCUCUCCUGCUUCCCAACCCAGAGACUGAUAUUUACUGGUUCACCCUCUACCAGUUCAUGCUGGCAUUUGCUGUGCCGUUGAUUGUAAUCUGCGUGGUCUACUUCAAGAUCCUGCAGCACAUGGCCACCACCGUGGUCCCAUUGCCCCAGAGGAGCCUCCGGGUACGUACCAAGAAAGUCACCCGCAUGGCGGUUGCCAUCUGCUCUGCCUUUUUCAUUUGCUGGGCCCCCUUCUACAUCCUCCAGCUGGUUCACCUCGGCAUUGACACCCCGUCCAUGGCCUUCUUUUACGCCUACAACUUUGCCAUAAGCUUGGGCUACGCCAACAGCUGCCUCAACCCCUUCCUCUACAUUACCCUCAGCGAGACGUUCAAGCGCCAGUUCUUAGUGGCCAUCCGCCCUGCAAAAGAGCCAUGUCGCAACAGCAGCUCCGUCAACAACAACAGCAUGACAGAUGCCAGCGUAUGCCUAAAACUGGCACCAGAAUCCACUCAGCAGACCCAGUUUCUGGAGGACUUUUCCCCACGUUCACUACCCGUGACCGUGGCUGUUCACUAGGGGACACUGAAGUCACCGCAGCAGAAAGCUUUCCGAUCUGUGUGCUUCUGCUAGGCGGAGCAGCAGCUUCAGGCAGUUCUUGGUGAAGCGUGUAACUCCAGGCUUCCACCUCCAGGAGCCCAGGUGCCUCCCUUCUCCAUCGCAGGGCUCCGCUCCUCCACUGCCCUGGGUUUCCCAGAUGCUGCACGCUGCUGCUUCUUUCCACCCCUGCACAGCAGGGCUCUUGUGUCACACAAGACAUCGGGCCCCCAGAGAGGAUGAAUGGAAAAGAAAGAAAGGACAGAAGGAUUUCAAGAGGGGAAUGUUGCCCUGGAAGAGCAAAACCUCGACCAACAGCACUGCCCAAAGACUCCCCGCUUCUUGGCAUGGCCGGUGUUCUAAGCACCAUGACAAUGUGGAGCCUCUGGAUUCAAAACUCGAGCCUUCAAAAUACAACUUUGUGUACCUGUUCUCUGUAUUUGAGCUGGGGACUUCAAUGCCUGUGCUCAUAUCCUGGAAGCAAAUUGAAGUGAGAGCAAUUUUGGGGCCAGGUGUCUCACCUAGGUCUGCCUGCUUGGCCUUUCGGUCCAGCACCAUCUGCCUCCAGUGGGCUGUAUUGUUUGGCAACCAAGGUACUUUCAGAAAACGGCUAAUUUUGAUGCUAAUCCUAACUAUUUCAAGCAAAAUCAGGCAGAUAGAAAUUGCACUGCUUCAAGGGACUGCGAGCAAUUCUCAGAACUACUGCUGCUAACACCAGACUUGUGGCUUUUCAUGCCAAUGAGCCGAUUUUCACACUGCUAGUUCCUCCUGCUGCUCGUGCCUCGCAGUCUGCAUGGCCAUCGGGGAACCCCAGGUACAGGGCUUUAAACCUGACUCUGUAAAACACAGCGGGCAGAGGACUGUGGAUCAAGAAGAUGUGGAAAGGCAGCUCAGAGGAAGCAGAGGUGCUUACGCAGCUUCUUCAAAAUAAAAAAAUGCUUUAAAAGUUAGAGGGAAAAUUAAAUGUCUAGUUUGCAUAUGAGGCUUUAACAGUUGAAGAUUAGGAAAUUGCUUUGCUCUUUACAAAGACUAGAGAAAAGCCAGCACAGAUCUGCCAGAGGCAGGGGAUUACACUGAUCGAGACUCCUGGGGAAUAGUGCAGGCAUUGUUAAACACCUUGUCAAACAUGGAGGAACUGUUUGCUGCAGAUUAAUUUAAUAUAAAAAGGCAUUAAAAACAUCUCACAGCAGAGAAGAAUUUGUUACCACACUUCUGGUUUCAUGCUGCCAGCCACCCACGAUACCCCCGGAACAGAAAUCCACCCUCACACAGCCGAACAGCCAGACUGCCACCUGCACAGGACUUCUGAAGCCUUCAGGUGCACCCAGUGCACGCAGUGCGCUUGCAGAUAUUUUUAAACACAGCCAGUGUUUCAUUCCACACCGCGCGGAGAACAAACAGCCAUUCACUCACCUCUAGCGAUCAGAGCAGAUCAGAACAAACCUCGUAACAGGGGCCCUGCAUUUCUACUCCAGGCUCUGCCAGCUUCCACCCCC